GCGCACAAAAAGGAGUGUUAACAGCGCUCGCUCCCACAAACACACUCUCUCUCUCCACCGGCUGCCUGUUCGCCUUUAGGCUACUGUAUUUGACAUUGACAGUAUCCAGGGAGUCAGCCCCGGCAAAUCGUCAAAAACAACAAUUGUAAUUUCCCAUUGGCUUCCAGUUCUUUGUGGAGUAGCUGCAACUGUUGGUGAAGAGAGUGAAGACAACAGACUGGUUUACUCCCAAUUUAGUGACAAUUUUUAUUUUAUUUUUUUGCAUCAUGGCCAAGAUGUUUCUGACGAGAAAAUCAAGAUUUCCUUCUGCAUGGAUGAAAUGCUGUUAGACCACAUACCUCUCUACUGAGCAUCUCUACAGCCACAAACUAGCCAUGAAGUCAGCUUUGCAAAGGAUAGCAGGCACCACAAUGAGUACAUUAACAACAGGUGUCCAGUAUCUUGGCUCAAACGACGCCAGCUACAACGACGCCUCCAUUGACUCGAGUCUAAUCAAGAACCGAUUCCACUUUGAGAAGCCUCACUCUGCCUCGAUUAGUAACUCCUUUCCCGGACUCGUCCCUGGAAAUAAGGAGGUCGUUUACAGUGGCCUCUCUCCCAUUUUCCCCACAAAUGUAACAGACUUUCUGCUGAGCAAUGGCACCUCUCUCAGCGGAGGGGUGGCACAGUGUGGGGAGGACUUUGUGGACAACAUGGAGUGUUUUAUGAUUCUGACACCCGGUCAGCAGCUCGCAGUCGCCAUCCUGGCACUCACCCUGGGUACAUUUACAGUGCUGGAAAACCUCAUGGUGCUGUGUGUGAUCCUACACUCCCAGACGCUUCGAUCUCGGCCUUCCUAUCACUUCAUAGGCAGCCUGGCUGUGGCUGAUCUGAUAGGCAGCAUCAUUUUUGUCUACAGCUUCCUGGAUUUCCACGUCCUCCACAGGAAGGACAGCCCCAAUAUUUUCCUUUUCAAGCUGGCCGGGGUCAUCGCCUCCUUCACCGCCUCUGUUGGCAGUCUGUUUCUCACUGCGAUUGACCGCUACAUCUCCAUCCACAGGCCCAUGUCGUACAAACGCAUCGUCACAAAGACUAAAGCAGUUAUUGCCUUCAGUGUGAUGUGGACCAUCUCUAUCGUCUUCUCACUGCUGCCGUUGCUGGGGUGGAACUGCAAGCGUCUCAACUCUGUCUGCUCGGAUAUUUUCCCUCUAAUCGACCAGAAGUACUUGAUGUUCUGGAUCGGGAUGACAACCAUCUUGGUCCUGUUCAUCAUCUACGCCUACAUGUUCAUCCUCUGGAAGUCACACCACCAUGCUGUCCGCAUGCUGAGCCGCAGCUCCCAGAGGAGUGUGAUUGUCUACACUGCAGAGGGGACCAAAGUGCAGACGGUGAGGCCCGAGCAGGCCCGGAUGGACCUCCGUCUGGCUAAAACCCUGGUUCUGAUCCUGGUGGCCCUUAUCAUCUGCUGGGGCCCACUUCUAGCUAUUAUGGUUUACGACCUCUUUGGGAAGGUGAACGACUUCAUCAAGACUGUGUUUGCCUUUUGCAGCAUGCUCACCCUGCUCAACUCCACCGUGAACCCUGUGAUCUACGCCAUGAGGAGCAAGGACCUGCGUAGGGCCUUCCUCAACAUCUGCCAUAUGUGCCGGGGAACGACGCAGCCUCUGGACAACAGCGCAGAGAGUGAUUGGAACAGCAGGAGUGUGAGAGGCACAGCAGGUGGAGCGGGGAAAGAUGGCACCGGUUGUGGAAAGACUCGAGUAAAAGUAGCCCAGGUUACUGUUUCUGGAGUGACUGAGACUUCUACUGCAGAGCCAGUCUAAGAAAAAAAACUGCCCUGCUCUGGUAUAACUGUGAAGUUAUUGUAGAAUAGCCCCGACCCUCCUAGUGCGCAGCAGGUUUCUGUUACUGUGAAAUGUGCCAAAAAA